UGGGUACACAAUCACACCCAGAAAGAACAUAGAGCACCCAGAAAGAACAUAGAUAACUCAUUAAGGAUUUUAAUUGUUUUGUUUUAUUUGUCUUAGAUAUCAGGAAGCAGCGUAGAAGGUACCGUCUUCUUUCCCCGUCCUUUCGAGGAAAGAGGGUGGACCAAUCCUCUUGCCUCUCUGACAAACUGCCUUACGUCUUUCUGUCAACAUGUUACUUUUUCUUUGCGGUAAGAAAAAAUAGGGAAAGGUGUCUUUCAUUUCCCCAUAGUUUCCUCGGACGAUGCAGUGGCAUCCAAUUUAUAUGCAGGCUUUGAUCUAGUCCAAUUCACUCCAUUCUUCCUCAAAGCUUAUCCCUCGUUUCAGAGAUUUGCUUGGCUUUUGUGCUUCAGCCCUGUCCUUGCAUUUAUGGCUUCUUCGUCCUCAUCUCACCAACAAAAUCCUUUCCCUGGAACCAACAAAAGGCGAGAAGUAGAAGAAUCUUCCAGACUGUUUGACGUGUUCAUCAAUCACAGAGGCCCCGAUGUCAAACAGACUCUGGCUACUCAAAUUUACAAUUCUAUUACGGCGCUAGGCAUAAGGGCAUUUCUUGAUUCGCAAGAGAAGGCACUUGGAGAGUCGUUUCCUUCAACCAUUGAGGCAGCGAUUAGAUCUGCUUCAGUGCAUAUUGCUAUUUUUUCGGGAAAAUAUGCAGAGUCAGAUUGGUGUCUGCGUGAGCUGGUUCUUAUGUUGCAAACUAAGGCCAAGAUUAUUCCUGUUUUUUAUCAAGUGGGAUCAUUGGAAGUGAAGCCUUCUGAUCUGCGACACAUAGAAAAUGGAGUAUACGCUGACGCAUUCACGAAAUAUGAACAGAAGGGGAGAUAUCUGGACAAGAUAAAGGAAUGGAAGGAAGCCCUUCAACAAGUUUCAUAUACCGCAGGCCACGAAUUCAAAAAUUCAGAUGACUGCAAAGACAUAGUGUCCGUUGUGAAGGAAGAAGUAGAGAGGACAAAACGUUUACAUGUUGCCAAAUAUCCAGUCGGACUUCAUAAGCUCGUGAAAGAUUUCGAAAGGCGGUGCCUUGAUGAUCUUGUUCAAGAUUUUGAAAGCCACUGUGGUACCAAGAAAGUUAAUGUCGUUGGAAUUUUCGGUAUGGGUGGGGUUGGGAAGACCACUCUUUCCAAAGAGCUGUUCAACCAAAAAAAGUCAAAAUAUACAAGAACAAGUUUUCUGUUUGACGUUCGGGAAGCCUGGAGCACAGGUAGAUUACCCUUAUUACAAAGUAAACUCCUCAAAGAUAUCUUUUGUGAAGAUCGCAGUUUUCUAAGCCGUGAGGAAGGGGCAAGCUCACUGAAAGAUCAUUUGGAAAGGAACAGCUCUUUCAGUUUCCUGAUUGUUUUAGAUGACAUUGAUCAUGUGGAUCAGUUAGAGUCUCUAUUAGUCAUGGAUAUCUUAAACAGGCCUGGUAAUAAUCUGGUAAUUAUUUCAACCCGAGAGGUAGGGGUCCUUACAAGUGCAGGAAUUGACACAGCUUAUCAUUUAAAAGGGUUGGAUAGAGAAGACGGGAAAGAACUGUUUUGUUGGCACGCAUUUGAUCAACCCCGUCCAUCUAGCGGAUUCGAGGAUCUUGUUCAGGAGUUCAUUAACAUCUGUGGAGGCUUACCUCUCUCUCUUCAAGUUCUGGGGCGGCAUGUGUCUCGUAGACCUCAGAAUUACUGGCAGGAAGCAAUCAAAAAAGCCCGUAAGGCUCUGCCUGGAGAUAUAAAGCAGAACCUGAAGAUAAGCUUUGAUUCCUUAGAUUAUGAACAAAAGCAGGUUUUCAUGGACAUAGCGUGCUUUUUCAUUGACAAAUCUAUCACCACGGCCAUGACCAUUUGGAAGGGAUCUGGAUGGAGCGGUCACCAUGCUUUGGAAACACUAAAAGAGAAAUGUCUGAUUGAGGAAAAUGUGAGUUAUCUGCCUUUCCUGGAAUGGGAAGUCAAAUGGAAAUCUAGGCAGGAUGAGUUUGCUUUCAGAAUGCAUGACCACCUGCGGGACUUGGGAAGAGAAUUGGCAAAAGAACUGAGCCAUCCUCUUCGUUUGUGGCACCCCCAACAACAUCUUAGAUCAUUGGAAUCAGAAGGAUUCCAAAACAUCCUAGCCCAAAUCAAAGGCAGGUGUUUUCAUUCCUUUAUGGACAAAUCCAUGGAUUGCCAAAUUACAUACUUUAUAGGGGAAGCGGAAGACAGUUCUGAAACUUCUCUACUUUGGCUUCAGCUUGACUACCUGAAUCGGCCUCAACUUGACACGAAUUCAGAACUUGACACGAAUUCAGACAUAAACCCAAGCAUUCCUCCAUGGAUUACUCUUCAAAACUUGAAGUGUUUAAGAAUCAGCGGUGGGCGUUUCCAAAGAUUGUGGGAGAGCGAUGGGCAGGCACCCACCCGUUUAAAAGAGCUGCAGGUUCGUGAAACAUUUGUGAGAGAGUUUCCAGAUUUGUUACGAAAAUUGAAUAAUGUUCAAGAGGUGGAAAUUAUAUGGAAGAGGUAGUUGAGAAAAUACAAAUCAAUCUCCGUAGUUAAGGUGUGAUGGGCUCAGGACUCAAUGAUGGAGUCGAUUUUGGUUAUUUCUGCUAAUUGUUUUAAUUUGAGGGACCUAUUGCGAUGUUACUAUGGAUUCUUGUGCUUCAGAUGUUACUAUGGAUUCUUGUGCUUUAGCAGUUCUGUACCUUACAGAAUGUUUUAGCUAUCUUACAGUUUCUAAUUUGUCCAAUUUUAGUGCUGGCUGUUUCGUUUUUGUUGCUGCUGUGCAGCUCAUUCUGUAAUCUAUGCUGUUUGUAAAUUCUUCUUUGUUUCAAUAUAAUUGAAAAAACAAACAAACAGGGGACUUGACUUCCACAAAAUUAAAAAACAGGGGGCUUGCCUUCCCCUGAUACUGCAGAGGGGACUGCCCACUUUUAGUCUAUGGUUAUCUAAACUUUGUUUUUGACCAAUACAGAAUUGCAUUCAUAAGCUGGAAUGUAAUGCAUUAAUACUGCUUUUCAGCAGGCAAUCGUAAAUAUUGUUUUUGAACAGAGUA